ACGCCCCAUGGCGGCAGACUGGGCAGGCGAGGAGGCAGCGACCACAGUUGCAGCGGCAGCGGCUGUAGGACUGUUGCUGUAGCGUCUGGUGACGGGUUGGGUCUGGUAUCGUCUGUGGGCUCCAGGGCGGUGCUUUUGUUUGUUGAGCCUGCGCGUGACAGAGCACUGGGCCAACUGAGCGUUGAUAGCGUCUGCGGUUGCAGCGUUUGCGUGGUGACGCGUAAACAGAGACUGAAGGGGAAGGUUCAAACUUCAAAGCCGCUGCGGCGUUGCAUUAGAGUAACCGAAGGCAACAUAUGAAAAUGAUGAAACCUACUAAUGCCUGCUUCCUGGUUCUUGUGGUCAUUCUUUUGAAUUCACCUCUUCUAACAAUUGCUGAUCCUGUUCCUGUCAACCCCGACGACGGCUCCUCGACUAUCUAUUUCUCACUCGGUGGAGUACUUGGAUUCUUGGUCCUGAUUGGUUGCUGCGUGUGCAUCUGCCGGAUUUGCUGUGGGUGCUGCAGACGAGACACGCACGUCACGGUGGUGAAUGCGGCGCCAACCUCGCAGCCGUGCAUGCCAGUGAUGAUUGCCCCCACCAUAGUGAACUCCGCUGCACCGGCCGCGGUGGGCCCUGCGGCGCCAGCUGCUCCCCCGCCAUAUGCCCCGGUGCCAAUGUCCGACCCAGGUUUCACCAAUUACACAUACUGCCCCACUGCCCCGCCGCAGCCCAUGCAACAGCCCAUGCAGCAGCCCAUGCAACAGCCCAUGCAACAGCCCAUGCAACAGCCCAUGCAACAGCCACAGGCCCCAUGGGUUCCCCCUCCUGGGUAUGCGCAGUGAUCCAGCCUUUAUACCAGCAUUUUACCAGACAAAAUGAAUGAAGUACACACUCCAUUUCUCCAAGUCCGAGCGCAGCCGACGCUGUGUUCCCAUGAAGCUAAUCGAGCAGCACCAAAAGCGCAUCGUAACGACGCUAGUCGCUUUUGUGCCUCUGCUAUCGCUGACUGUCGUGCACAGUAAAUGCACCACAAUCCUGCGUUUCUUCUUCUUUUUUUUUUUUUUUUUUGUGCGCGAUUAGUUUUGCUGGUAACCCACAUAGACAACGAGAACUGUCACUGUGCAUUUUUGGCUCUGCUUGACUGACUCUGUCAAGUCGUAGCGUCGGUUGCGGCCAGACUUAAAGUGAGACGAAAUAUAGUUGAGUCAAUAUGCAAAAAUGCGAAAGCUUUUUUUCUUUUUCUUUUUUUAUUUAAAGAGUUUUGAUUAGUUGACUAGGCCUGGAUGAUCUGAAAAUGUUGAGCUAGCGAAUUAAUAUUAAUUUCUGCCUAGUCGUCUGGUUUGUCUUCAUGAGUUUGCGGGUCGUAGCCUGUCGUGGACUUUUCUACAUUAUGGCAGUCGCCCUUGGUUGCAAAAGGAGGAACUGUUUUGCCUCUGAAAUGUGCCUUGUGAGUGUGGUGUUCUUCUGUAGCAUAAUGCUCCAUAUUAUUUGUUUAAUGUUACAAAUUCAGCAUAUCUAGUAAUAUGUGGUGCAUAGUUGACUUUUAUUACUUUGUCAAUGUGUAAAUGACGCCAAAUGUUGAGUGGUCUUGUCAAGUGUGGAUGCAAGAUGUCACUGCGUAUUACGUUUACAAGUGUAUGUGCCUAUCAAUUUAUACUCUUUUGUAUUGUGGACAAUUUUCGGACAUUGAUCUGUUUCAAGAAUUGAAUCAACUUUUGUCAUACUGUAUGAGCAUACUCAGUAAAAACAGUUUUCAUAUUC